CGGCACUAAGAAUGCACUGGCUUGUGCCUCCCUAAUGGCUGGGUUAAUGUUUUGAGAAAUGAUUUAGUAAAUUGUCAUUUAACCAUCAAACAGAUAAACCUGUAAGGUAAGGUGGAGGUGUAUGAAUUUGAAUUUGUAAAUGGCUAAUUUAUCUCCCUCACUUCCCACUUUUGGAGGUUCAUGCUAGCUUUCCCUCUUACAAUGAUUACUGCAUAAAAAAAGCUACUUGAAUGGCAAUAGCCCCACCUUCUGGACAAUCUUCAGCUUGCUCAAUGUGUAUGAGUGAACAAAUGAGAUGACGUGAUUAAGUGUAAGUGAGGUCACUUGCAAGGUCAGGAAGUGAAGAUCAGACAAUAUCUCAUUUUGAAAGAUUCAAAAUAUAUUCACAUCAUUUUUAUACAUACCGUACAUCAAAGCAAUAUUCUUCAAAAAAUCUAUUUACUAUUUACAGUUUGUUUUAGUGUCGAAUACCUGACCUUGCUAUUUGAGUAUAGCUAUGGCCUACUUCUCCAAUUUAUUAGAAACAUUUUAGUAUACAGGUAUGCAGCUCUUUCAAGUAUUUAAUGAUCAGCAGUAGGAGGUGCCUAGUCAUAUAAGGAGCCAAGGCAGAGGUGCACUGUGAGCUGCUGCCAUUUAAUGCAUGAGAUUCAAGAAAGAGGAGACAGUGAAUCUCCUCAGGUGUCAACUGCAGCUUUCCCUUUCCCGGCUACACCAACUUGGAUAUAUUUUUACGAAAGACUUUAUUUGACCUCCGGACUUUAAAAUACACAGAUUUGACAGUGUACACAUCAUGGCAUCUCAGUUGGAAAAUGCAAUGGAGACACUUAUCAAAGUGUUCCACACAUAUUCUUCCAAGGAAGGGGACAAAUACAAACUGAGUAAAGCUGAACUGAGGAGUCUCCUACAAGGGGAACUAAGUGUUUUCUUAGCAGCAAGCAAAGAUCCACUAGUUGUGGAGAAGAUAAUAAACGAUCUCGAUCAGAACCGAGACGGGGAGGUGGACUUUCACGAAUUUGUAAUUCUGGUGGCAGCACUGACUGUUGCAUGUAAUGACUUCUUUGUUGAAUGCAUGAAAAACUGAUGUAUAUUUGUGUCAUUUGGAUCUUUUUUCUUUACUCUUCUGUGUGAUAAUAUAAUUAAAUGUGUGCGUGUGUGUAACAGUAUUGGUUAUUAUUUGUUACUUAUAAAAAAAAAAAAGUUUUUUACAUUAGUCUAAGUUUUACAUUAUCCACUAAAUAAAUGUGCAAACAUGGAUUUUACUUAAAACACAGCAAAUAAAUAAAACUUGAUAUGUACAAUGUACAGUACUAGCAUGAUGGACAGUUUGUAUUUAUUUACUAAAUAAUUAUCAUAUAGACUUAUACACACAUACAAUGUACAUAAUUUAUAGAUAACAUGCUGGUUUCAGAUCAAACACUGCUUUGCCAAAUACCAAAAAUUUUAGCAUGAUAUUAAGUGCCUGGUACAGAUUCCAUCUUUGAUUCUGCCUAAAAUGUUACAGUAGGUUCAUAUAUGUGCCGUUCUAAAUGUUUUAUGAGCUGCACCAGAGAUCCUGAGCUCUGAUACCUUCAUUAAUACUAUUUGGUCUCAGGCAGGGCACGCUAGUCAAAGGCCACCCACUCAGCAGUUCUAAUGUAACUGAAUACACACAUAAAGGCUUAAGUACUCCCAGUAUGUUAAUUGUGUAUCAAACCUGGUAAUUAUCAGAGGCAUUAUUGUAAAACAACCUGUGUAACAAAUUCACUCAGGUAACUAUACAAUUUCGUCAAUGGGCCAGUGAGGAUUAUUUUGUUGCAGGUUGUCAGAUAGUAACACAAUGAAAGCCACACAGGAAACAAAUGUCGUUAAAACCUUAAUAAAAAUAAAAAAUAAAACAAGAGCAUGACUCUCGGGUGAAAUUUAGACACCAAUUAAUACAUGAAUACAUGUAGAGGGAGAUUUCACUUUUCUGGUCAAGAUUUGUUCUUAAUCCUGAACGAAG